AUGAAUACCAUACCCGAAUCUAUAUCAUCUUCAGUAACAUCUACUGCAAGUGUACAUGCCUUUCAGAAUGAUAGGAGGCGUCGAGAUAACAUAAAUGAUCGAAUCCAAGAGUUACUUUCUUUAAUUCCAACAGAUUUUUUUAAAGAAUACUAUAAUAAUUUGGAAAAUGCAGACCCUGGAUCUGUGGAGACACCAAGUGGUGCGACAACACCAAAGCUAAAGGGGACGGGGACUAGAGAUGGAAAACCCAAUAAGGGUCAAAUUUUGACGCAGGCAGUUGAAUAUAUAACCUUUCUUCAGAAUGAAGUAGACAGAAGAAAUAGAGAGGAAGUGGAGUUAAUACUUAAGGUCCAGAAAUUGAGCAAGGCAACAGGUAUCCCAAUAACUGAUAUAAAUGUUGAUAACACAAGUGCGGAAGUAGAGUUAGCAAAUAUCGGAGUGGGUCCCCUAGCGUCCAGUGGUCAUAGUGACAAUCACGCAGAGAAGAAACAAACGGAGGAGGCUCAUCAGCAUAUGGGAUACGAAUAUUGA